AUGUACUCCUUCGUCAAACGUGUUAUGCUCGUAUCGUCUAUCACGAUGCUGGUAAACAGUGUUUCUGCUUUCUCUGGAGACGCUACAUACUAUUAUACCGGUCUGGGUGCUUGCGGGGUUACCAACAAGGACACCGACUUUAUCGUCGCUCUCUCCACCGCUCAAUAUGGCUCAGGCUCUCACUGUGGCGGCAAAGUCAGCGUCACCUAUCAGGGUAAAACGAUCAAUGUUACCGUUGCGGACAAGUGCCUUGGAUGUGGGGCAGAUGAUAUCGACCUGUCUCCUAGCGCAUUCUCCGCCCUUGCGUCAGAGACUCUUGGACGUAUCCCCGUCACCUGGAACUACGCUUAA